AUUUUAUUGUUUUAUACCCUCUCACCUCGCUAUUUAUUCGCCGUUUGACUGGUGUUUGCCGGCAACAAACAGAGCUGACCUGCCAUAAAACCCACAUGUUUUAUUUCAGUGGCUGCUUCAGCUUGCUUUGACCUUUGUUAAGAUCUGUCGCGGUCGCAUUUACUUGCUGGCCUGUAAGCGCUUUGUUUGUUAGAUCCUAAUUAAUUAUUUUAAAAUUCAAGUCUUAGUAAGUCUUAGUUCAGUAAUAGUAUGUUUUAUUAAUUUCCAACAGUUUUGCUUUAGGAUUUUAAACGUUUUGACAAUAAAAAAAUGAGCACACCAAGACGACAAAGGUGUAUGCUUAGGCCGUUCAGUAUAUAUUGAAAAGACGAAGAGUUUGAGUUCAAGGGUAGGAAAAUUCCAUUUUCCUCUCUGAGGUUGUGUGUUUAGUUUCUAUGUAGAGGGAGAAAUGUACAAGAAAAACGCCAGUGUUUACCACAAACCAUUAGCAAAGUUUAUAAAGGAAGCACCGAUCCAUUAAGUGGCGAGACAGAUUGCUGAUAUCCUUGGAGGCAAACUGUUCCAGGUGCAACACUUGACACUGGGAAGGCACUGUCAAGGUGAGCAGGCUCUCUCAAUACCUGUCAAGAAGAUACCUGUCAUCUAUAUAUACCCUGUAGAUCCGGAUUUGUGUAAACAGACGCACAGUCACAAAUUCGUAUCUAGGGGAGUAUGUAGUUGAUGUAUAGGCUACAUUUCAACUUCAGCUGGCAAAGAAGAUGACACAAUAACUUUCGGUUUGAUUUUAAUGACUGUUUGGCAGUGGAAUACUGAAGCAUAAACGAAAGUUUUCUUCCCCCUAACAUUUUUUUCUUUCUUUCUGUAAAUUGUGGUGUAGAACCGAAGGGCGCUCAUGAUGUCACACAUAUUUUGUGAGACUUUUAAAGAAUUCGAAAUUAGAAAAAUGAGCAAAAUAAUAAUAAUAAUAAUCUGUACAGAUUUGCACUGAUUAAUGAUUAUCUGAACUCGGUGAUUUUUAAACAUUAUUAUCAGUAAACAUCGAGAAACAUUUGCUGCUGGUGUUAAUAGUAAAUUUAGCACACAUAUUACUAUUCAGUGUGUGUAGAUUUGGCACACAGGAUAAACGCGCUGUUUGGAGUGGAAUGACUGCAGACACCGUUUAAAUGCAGAAGGUCUCCUUUGUGAUUUAGGAGGCUUUGUAACCUGAAUUAGUUGAUGAAUUUUCUAUCGAUCUUAAACAAGCCCAGAUUCAUCUCUGACACGCUGCUCACGCCACGACCAUUGUCUCACCGUUAUUAGCGAGUGCAUUUAAGAGCUUGGCCAAGGCGAGCUUCUUGCAUCACUUUCUCCUGGUACCGCUUUUCAUGAACACUGGCCAAAAUUAAGCAGUGUUUCUAUUCGCCAAAUCCGAAACAGCUCUUUGUAGAGGUGUAGUCAUGUUCUUAAUGUGCAGAUGAACUGAGAGGGACUGGGGGCGUGACUUUCUGUGGGGCUGGUAGGAUCUCCAGCCUGCCUUUUCGCUGUGUCUGCUUUCGCUUGUUAUUGUUUUGAUUUACUCACUAUCUCAUCAAGCGCAUAACAACGUAUGAGAAAGUAUGGAAUUUUGGACUAUUCUGAAAUGCGAGUUGAUGAGCGCGGUCUAAACUGACUAAUCCCAUUUCCUUAUCCGGGAAUCGCGAAGAUCCACGCCAUUGGCUGACGAUGUCACAUGGACCCUUAACUUUGUUCACUUGACAGAAAGUAGGAGGGUUCUACGAAACAGGAAAACGAGUAAAGGGAUACAUAUAAAUUUUAGUAUAUUUUGUGUGCAAUUCAAAGAAAUUAAUGGCCAUGAGUUCCUAUUUGAUCAACUCUAACUAUGUGGACCCCAAGUUUCCACCCUGCGAGGAAUAUUCCCAGAGCGACUACCUACCCAGUCACUCUCCGGACUACUACAGCGCCCAGAGGCAAGACCCCUCGUUCCAGCAUGAGUCGAUCUACCACCAGCGGUCGGGCUGCGCCGACCCACCCUACUCAUCGUGCCAGGGUCCGGGGCAGCCUGCUGCGGUCAUCUCUCCGCGAGUUCACGUUCUACCCACAACCGCACUCUCGACCCCUCUCCCUGAACCAAGCCAUCACUGCGACUCGGUAACUCCGAGCCCUCCGCCCGCCUGCGGUCAGACUCCCACUAGCCAAAACACUUCAACGGUCACUUCAAGAAAAGAUCCCGUGGUAUACCCCUGGAUGAAAAAGGUCCACGUAAACAUCGUGAGCCCAAACUACUCAGGGGGUGAACCCAAGCGCUCACGCACAGCCUACACGCGGCAGCAAGUCUUGGAAUUGGAGAAAGAGUUCCAUUACAACCGCUAUCUGACUCGCAGACGGAGGGUGGAGAUUGCCCAUACACUAUGCCUAUCCGAACGACAGAUUAAGAUUUGGUUUCAGAACCGGCGCAUGAAGUGGAAGAAGGACCAUAAGCUUCCCAACACUAAAAUACGCAGCAGCUCUGCCAACACUAAUUCAAGCAGCGGCCCGACACUGGGAAGCAAUCAGAACCGACCAAGCGGACCUCCUCCAAGUCUAUAGCCCUCCACUAUUGCCCCAAACACGUACAAUUAUAAAAUCUAAUUUUCUGGAGUGUAGAACGUGGAUUUUACCCGCGUUGUGUCUCCCAACUCUCCCCUGCACUCUAAUUACAGGGAUAAAAUAGGAGGAAGAUGUGGGGGAAAGGAGCAAAGAAAUUGUUCAUCUUUUAAACACUAAAAAUGGGUGAAGCCUCGAACUCAAAUGCUACUAUAGAUGGGUUGCCUUCCCACUCUGGUUCCCAUUUUUAUCCCGCACGCCUCUCCUGCUCACUCGCCCCUUCCAUAAGCACAGAAGGCGGCAGAUAGUUUUCAGAUUUGGUGAAGAUGGAUCCGUGUUUCAUCUUUAAUCACGCCAAACUCGGCCCCAUUUGUCAUGUUUACUCUGUGGUACAAAGGAUGAACCGUAGGCCUGCCCAUUACCUCGACGUCUAGCGUUGUGCUUAAUAAAUGAGUCGCUCUGUUUUGUCAAGAAGCCUUUUCUAACUCCCUUUAUUCCCCUGGCUUGAAAAUAACUAGCCGAGUGUUUUUCAACUGAUAUGAAGUUUUGUAUUUUGUAGCAAUUAGGUUAUUUUGCAUUUGCUAUUUGCAUUUUGAAUGCAAUGCCAAUGGGACUGAGGGUUUAUUGUGCGUGUGGUCCAUUUGUCGCUCAUUACAAAUACAGGGACUUGUUUCACUCGCCUGUUUAGAACAUUUCAGUUUAAGAACAGCAAAUUACUAAUUAGUUGUUAUUCAUAUUAAAUAUAAUAUAAAAGUUCAAUGAAGCUGGACGGCUAGAUAUGCAUAACCAAAACCGGUACAACGCAAAGCAUUUUAAUGAGAGCACUGCUAAGUACUAUUUGAAUUACCUCAAUUGUAUUUUUUAUUUGUAUUUUUUGGUCUAGUUUUAUGAAGUGGUAAGUUUAAGUCCUUUGGACUUAAUGGCAAAUAUCUGCAAUAGCUAAUCUCAACAUUUGUAAGUUGAAAAGAAAUUUAAGUUAAAUGUGGCCAGGGUGUAUAGAGAAAGGUGCGUAUAUUGCAUGAGUAAAUACACUAUAUUUUCGUUUAUUCUUUAUUAUGUCACUACCACCCUCGUUUUGUUUUAUGGUACAUAGACGUGCACAACACAUUUCUUUCUUUCUUUCUUUCUUUCUUUCUUUCUUUCUUUCUUUCUUUCUUUCUUUCUUUCUUUCUUUCUUUCUUUCUUUCUUUCUUUCUUUCUUUCUUUCUUCUCUAUUUUAUUCAUUUUAUUUUAUUAUUAUUAAUAUUAUUAUUAUAUUAUUAUUUUUACAUUCCAAAGAUCAGUUUUCUCGCUGAUGAAUUGUACAUUUUUCCUCUUACAUGUUUGUAUUUUGUCUUCUUUCUGCUUGUACCUUUCACUGUUUACCUUUGUUACAUGUAAAUAGCUCUAGAAAUUUAAUAAAUGGCGGAAAAGUAUAAUCUUUCUUCAUGUGUCAUGUCUUCUUGUGGAUUUUAAAGCUAGAUAUGCUUAUUUUAAAUACACAUUUCUUGUAUAGGUGGAUACCAUCGUCCUCUGUUUUGUUAAAAACACAAUUUAAUUGAAUUUGGCUUGCCACUGAGCAUUUUCGUUAGCCUUGUAGCACUCGCCUGUCUUGAAGAUCACUGCAUAUCUCUCUAGUGAUUUAUAUCGCUGCAUUGCAAGUAAUCCUGGUACAUUACGCCUUGUAAUCUUAUUCUAAAUCACAAAAACCUUCCUUUCUGUCUCGUCUCUCCUUAAUUUAACGGUGCACAAACCCUCUGCUCAACGAUGCCAUGAAUGCGCCUAAAAAUAUGGAUCCAUGUUAGAAAAAAAAGCAGAAGUUAAAUAGUUUCUCGGCUCGUGGGCUUUUAAUGCUUUAAUGAGUGUAAUUCUUGCACAACAGUUUCGCGACUGUUUGCCAGCGCAAGCUGUGUGUUUUUUUAUAUUACAAAGGAGCGGGUCUGUGCCAUAGCUCAAACCCUGACAACCAAAUAGAUAAUCAAGAAGACAAAUGGCUCCUUUUGGAAGGCGCAGCCCUUGUAUUAAUUUUCAUUUUCUUUUCUCAGAGCAGGUAUUGAAAAUAUAGAGCCGGAGAAAAUAACAUUCCGUUUGCUGGCGUUGAACUUUACACAAAAGUAUGGCCUUAAAUUGGUCUUCUAGCAUUCCGUGGCACCGAGAAGAUUUUCUAUUACUUGCUUGUUGAUAUCAGACAGGCCUUUUCGCCACACAGCCCGCUAAAGCCAUUUGUCUGUUUUCUCCCUUUUAUUUAUGAAAUGCUGUCUGGACAUAACGUCAAACACU